AUGCAACAUCGGUUGAAUCGGCUUCUUUCUUCGCUGGGCCCCAACGCACCCUCAGCGGGCAACACGAGCGCUACUGUUUGCGAUGAUAAAUUCUUGGCGAGCGCCGCGCGACCAACUGAAGACCCGCCGAUGCGCGUGGUGCAUUCGUCGCCCAAUGCUGCAGCAACCAGAGCAGCGACACAUCCGGCGAUAGUGCAGCUCCAUUGGGUCUUCGAGGACGAUGUGGGAGUUCAUCUCGUCAUGGAUUUUUGCGACUCUGGCGACCUGUACGACGAAGUUGUGCGACGGGGAAGGCUACCCGAAAAGGAAUCGGCGCUUCUGUUCCGACAAAUCGCCUCAGCUCUCGCGUUUUGCCACUCAAGGGGUGUGAUGCAUCGCGACAUGAAACCAGAAAAUAUCCUGCUCCAUAAGCAAGGAGACGCUUCUAACCGGUUAACCGUGAAACUUGCUGAUUUUGGACUCGCGAUUCCGCUUUUAGCCGGCGAAACUACUCGAGGAAUCUCGGGUUCGACGUUUUACAUGGCGCCUGAGGUGCUCUCCGGGGAGUACGGGCAUUCUGCCGAUGUGUGGUCGCUUGGAGUUCUCCUCUUCACAAUGCUAAGUGGUGCCGUUCCUUUUCUCGGGGAUGACAAUAGUGACUCCACAGAGGCCGUCUUGAAUGGACGUCUGGAUUUUUCCUCGCCGGAAUGGGCGACAAUCUCAGUCGAAGCGAAAGGGCUGAUUCGUUGCAUGCUGCAUCGAGAUCCUCGGCGACGUCCGACCGCUGCGAAAGUCUUAUCCCAUCCGUGGGUGCUGCUGAACGUUUUUGGCGGGAGAAUUGUUCGGAGAACCGUUGCUCGUCCCCUUGAAAAUGCCGCCGAUUCUCGGGAGAACAAGCCCAAUGUAGACGCACGAGGCCUGCAACAACAACACUUCCUGCCACGAGGAAUGCAAGGACGUGUUUCUUUAGCACAACUGCAGCAGCAGCCUGCAGUGGCAGUUCUUGGGGAUAGCUUGUGCCUUGACCAAGAGCAGCAGCGCACAACCCAAGAUGCUUGCCAGGGGCAUCUUCAUGCGCUUGUAGCUAUGCUCGAAAUGGACCUGUCUACGGUCUUCGAAGCCAUGCGGGAGAAAGAAGAGGAGCUAGCCGAGGCUGAGCAACGGCUGCUGUUCGACCGGGAUAACCUCGAGACGGCGCGCGAACUCAUCCAGGAACGUGAGGCUCGUCUUGCCGAAAACCAGACGUCUCAGUUGUCUUUGCGGGAAGACGCGGAGAAGAUCCGUUCGAAGCUGGCGGAGCAGACGGAGGAGCUGGUAGCGGCUCGCAAGGAAGUCGACUUGAGGAAUAAGGAGAUUCGCGAGGCCAAGGAGGGGUUGGGUAAGAAGGAGGAGGAGAUCUCUCGAGCCCAUGCGGCGAUCCGAGCAAGGAAUGAGAAGUUGAGGCUUGCCGAAGCUCAGCUGCAGGCUCAGGAGAGCCAGCUUGUAGCUUCGACAGCGGAGGUACGGCAAUUGCGGUUGGAUCUCAGAUCUGCGGUUGCCGAAAAGAAACGGUUGCAGGAGGAGCUGGAGGAUUCGCAGAAGGAGCUGCGUCGGCAGGAGGGUAAACUGACGGCCAUGGAAUCAGAUUUGGAGAAAAGAGGCGGCAUUGUGACAGCUGCGCAGAAGGAGAUAAAGAUUCUUCAGAAGCAUCUGAAGAACUCCGGAGUAAAAGGAGAGGCUGCGUCUCGGGAGCUCGCUCAAGCGAAGUCAAUGAUUGGUGCGGUGAAGGCCGAGUUGAAGGUGUCUAACGAAGCUCUGAGCAAAUUCCGUUCCGAGGUCCAUGAGUUGAAAUCCGCCGUCUCGAGACAGGAACGCGAGGCGACCAACGCGUCGAUGCUUUUGAAAAAGCGGGAACGGGAGCUCGAACGAGCAAACGCGGAACUCGCAAAGGAGAGGGCGACGUUGCAAGCAGUCCGCGCCGCGGUUCUGGAUCUCGAGACUAAGUUAAAGCACGAGAUGGACGCCUGCGAGACGCUCGCAAUGGAGGUCCGGGACGCGCGGUCGAGGCUUCGCACAGCCAUGUCUGAAGCUUCCGAGCUCCGUAAAUCCGUCCGACAGGCGGAGUCAGAACUCUCAGACGCCAAAAUCACCCUCCAGCUUAAAGAAGCAGAACUCGUGGGUCUCCGCCUGGAGCUACAAGAAAGUGCAUCGGAUCUGUCUAUAGCGAAGCAGGACCUCAAAUCCCGGUCAGAGGAGCUCGACGCCGCGGCAAGCGCGCUGGAGGGACUUCGCCGGGAGCUGGCAGCAGUGAAGCUGGAGCUUCAAGUUAAAGAUGAGAGAGUCGCGGCGUCGGAUAAGGCUCUAGAGAUGCGGGAGGAGACGAUUGGGGCGAUGGAGGUGAAGCUGGAGGGCAGCAACGCGCGCCUGGCGGCGGCGGAAACCGUCGUGGAGCAGAUUGCGGAGCUCUCGCGCAAGCUCGCGGAUUCCGCGCUCGCCGCCGGGGGUUUCGACAUGGGGGUGCUGACGUCCGGGAGAGCGGUGCAGAGCGGUGGGGUGGGGUCGGUGGGGUUGAGAGGCGGGAAGAUGCUGGUGGGGGAGAGCGUGCUGCUGGCGGAGACGAACCGAGAGCUGUUCGCGGCGAGCCGAGCGCUGCUGGAGAAGGAGCAUGGGAUGCAGCUGCUGCAGGUAGGCCCUACUGACCUCCCCGACCUGCUGCUUCAUAUACACCUAAUUUUCCCUCCCCAACUCUCCCCACCCCGUUCCCUUCCUCGCACUUGCUUUCCAUCUCUACUUCUUUCUACGUCUCUCUCUCGUGCAGCCCCCUCUGCCCGGCCUCCUUGGCCUUUUCGUCUCCCUUUGCCUCAUUUUGUUUCAUUCUUAUCCAUCCCUUGGCCGACCCCUCAUCCCAAGCAGGAGCAGGAGCAAGAACAGAGGGAGCAGAACGAACGUCUAUUGGAGCAGCUCCGGGCAGCAAGGGCAGCGCUGGGAGAGAAACAGAUCGAGCUGGACUCCGUGAAAUCCCUCCUAGCCGAGCGGGAGGAGGAGAUCCGGCAACUGACGGCGCGGUGGGAGGAGCGGGAAGCUGCGCUGACGGCCAUGCGCGCGGAGGUGAUCAGCGGAGCCAGGGAGAUCGCGCAGCUGCGGGACGUUAUCAAAUCCGCCUCCUCACGCCAAGCAGGGCAGCAGGGCGAGGGGGUGGAGAAGGUGUCGCAGGCGGAUUUGGUGGCGCAUGAAGUGGUGAAGCUGGAACUCGAGGUGGCGAAAGUUGAGGUAGAGACCGCCAUGUCAGCUCUGCAAGGCUUGGCUGAUCUCAGUGCCCAGCUCAAGGCAGAUACAAACGACCGCCCGCUGCUGCUUCCCGCAUCCUCGCUCGGUUCCUCUACUGCUUCCGCCAGUCAACUACACGGCUCUCGCCCUGCUCUGGCCUCUGCCUCUGCUGCUGUCGGCGUAUCAGGGAGUGCCGCCCAACAGGGAGAGGAGCAGGAGCAGCAGCAGAGGUUGCAACGGCAGCAGGAGCGGGAGGAGCGGAGGCAGAGGGAGGAGGAGCAGGAGGAGGCGAGGAUGCAGCAGCAACUGCAGGAGCGGGACAAUGCGCUGCGCAUGGCGGUGCGAGCCAUGUCCAACCUCACCCGCCUCACUCAGAAGCUUGCAGCUGACGCCCAGGCAGAGCUCUCAGGUGAAGAGCCCGUGCUGCAGAUGUAG